AUGCACUCUUCUUACGGAAAUACCUUAAGUUAUACUCCAUACCAGUACGGGCAGGGCCUUUUACCUAAAGGGAACUUAAGUGAAGAAGAUUUAAGACAAGCAUUUUAUCGAGUGGAUAGGGACCGAAAUGGUUUUAUUUCUUAUGAAGAAUUAAGAGUUGCUCUAGGGGACGAUAUUAUAAAUCAAGAAACAUGCAGAUUACUAUUAAGUCUUUAUGAUACCAACAAAGAUGGACAGAUUUCUUUUGAAGAAUUUAAGUCACUUUGGGGAUACGUCCAAAAAUGGAGGGAAUGUUUUCAAAACUUUGAUAAAGAUCGUAACGGCGUUAUCGAUGCCUCAGAGCUCCAUCAAGCUUUAAACCAAUUUGGUUACCGUCUGUCAUAUCCUUUUUGCCAGUCGCUCGUUUCAAAAUUUCGAUCGCACAUGCCACAUGUUAUGAAUUUUGGUAGUUUUAUUCAAUGCUGCGUUAUGCUUAAGGGCUUUACCUCAGGAUUCGCCGCUAAAGAUGUUCAACGAAGAGGAAUCGCAACACUGACUUAUGAAGAUUUUUUAUCGAUUGUUUUUAUGCACGGAACAACUUAAUUAUGUG